UUCACGGACGUUUCUGAAAACUAGAACUGAUAUAAUGUCAACAACUAGAAAAAAACGAGCUUUCCGCGCUUAUUUGUAGCGAGUAGCCUACAACAUAAAGAGUUGGCUGUCACAAAGGGUUGGUCAAGCAAGCUCUGUUAUGAAUUAUUGCUGAUCAGGGUGCCUUCAAUCUGUCAUUGCAACAUUUAGUUUACAGCAACAAGGAACACUUUCAAUUCUCCAGUAUUCUAUUCUCAGGUCUAAUCCAAACCACCAAACCCACCUCCCACCAGUCUGAUGUGGCAAGGAAUCGGAAUGGAUGUAUUUCCUGGACGGAGUAAAAUAUGACAUCUCGGGUUGUAUUUAUAUCCUUGUUGCUGCUGUUGUGGUGUCACUGUCGCCAUGUUUUGGGCUCCGGUGAUUCUGGGACCGGGAUAGUUCCGUCUCCAGACCGAUCCGCCGACGGUGCUGAUCUGCUCUCUAUGGGGACCAUGGUGGACACACACUCCGCGAUGUUACGUCAGGGAAACACAGACGAGGUUAGACUGUGUGACAUUGUGAUGAACCUGAGUGCUGCUGAUCGAUGUGCGUUUGUGAAGGCCACUCCAGACUGCAGUAUGGAAGACAGCUUCAUCAACUACCUCAAGAUGGCCUUCUGUCUACUACCACCCAACCUAACACCCCUCACUAUCACACUCUGCAUUAUCUGGUUGUUAAUCUUGUUCAUAGUUCUCGGACUGACGGCGUCAAAGUUCUUCUGUCCCAACCUCUCAGCCAUCUCCUCCAGCCUUCGACUCACACACAACGUGGCUGGUGUGACGUUCCUGGCGCUAGGAAACGGAGCUCCAGAUGUCUUCAGUGCCACUGUGGCCUUCUCCCGUCCACACACCGCUGGCCUGGCUAUAGGAGCACUGUUUGGAGCGGGUAUCUUUGUAACCACGGUGGUCGCUGGGUCUGUGUCAUUGGUCAAACCCUUCACUGUAGCGUCCCGCCCCUUCCUGCGGGAUGUCAUCUUCUACAUGGCUGCAGUCUUCUGGACCUUCAUCAUCCUCUACAGAGGAACUAUAUCACUGGGAGAGACACUAGGAUACCUUGGGCUGUAUGUGGUGUAUGUGGUAACAGUCAUUGUGAGUGCCUACAUCUAUAGUCAUCAGAAACACUCAGCAACUAGAAGUUCCAUCCAGAGCUCAACACACGCACCAGCUGACACACACGUACCAGAGCUCCAGACGUCUGAGUCAGACCAGGCUCCUCUUUUAUCUAAUGGCAGCAUCCAGGAGGACUAUGACAGUGAGUACCGUCCCCUGCUCCCCUACUGUGAGUCGACCAGUUCCAUCCUGCUGAAUUCUCUAAACCCGGUGGACAGCAGGACCUGGAGGAGGAAGACCUGGCGCUGGAGGACUGUGAAAAUACUGAAGAUGCCACUGGAGUUGCUGCUGCUGCUGACUGUUCCAGUGGUGGAUCCUGACAAAGAAGACAGGAACUGGAGAAGACCAUUAAACUGCCUUCACCUGAUCACUGCGCCGCUGGUUUGCGUGCUCACCUUCAGCUCCGGAGAGUACGGUUUGUAUCUGAUCGAGGGUCAGUUUCCUGUCUGGGCGUUGACGUUGCUCUUUGGCCUCUUCCUCUCCGCCAUAGUCUUCCUCACCACUUCUAAUGACCAGCCACCGGCAUACCACUUAGUGUUCUCUCUGUUGGGCUUUGUGGUGAGUGCGAUGUGGAUCAGUGCUGCAGCCUCGGAGGUGGUCAGUAUCCUGCACAUGCUCGGUGUUGUCCUUAGUCUUUCCAACAAUUUACUGGGUCUCACACUGCUGGCCUGGGGAAAUAGCAUUGGGGAUUGUUUUUCUGACAUCACCAUCGCUCGCCAGGGCUACCCACGGAUGGCAUUAUCAGCCUGCUUUGGGGGAAUCAUCUUUAACAUGCUGAUUGGAGUGGGCAUUGGCUGUCUGAUACAGAUGUUUAACAACGAGCCAGUGGUGACGUUGGAACCAGAGGGUUUGUUGACCUGGGUUCUAGCAGGUUCUCUGGGUCUCUCUCUGGUCUUCUCCUUCAUCCUAGUUCCUCUGCGUUGUUUCCACCUGGGCCGGGCCUAUGGAAUCUUCCUCCUGCUCUUCUAUGCCGUCUUCCUCCUGGUUGCGCUGCUCACAGAGUUCGGCUUUAUCCACACCUGAAGCCUGUACGAGAUGGUUUGGACCAGUCUGAUAGAGCCACCUGUGAACACUGACCAGACGGGUUCGAGACCUGAGAGACUUUCCUCUUCCUGGGAGAGAUGGAUUCACAGCCAAUCACACUGUGCCUUAACGGAGUUGGAACCAAUCACACUGUGCCUUAACGGAGUUGGAACCAAUCACACUGUGAUUUAACUUUUGUCUGUUUACACUGACUAUAUUUUUUAUAUUUAGAUCGCCAUUAGCUGUUAAAUAAGGACCAGCUUCUCUUACUGGGGUCCACACAAAACAAUUACACACAUAUACAGAAAUAACAGUAACACACAGUUUUAAAGUAACCCAUGUACUGACAAGGAGUAAAAAAAAAUGAAAAAAAGAUGCAGUAGCACUUUAAGGGAAUUUUCUCCUUUAAAUUAAUGUGAAUGUAGUGUCUCGUAGUGAGAAACACUGCUGUCUGGAAUGGUUGAUGUGAGUCAAUUGUAUAAAAUGUGCUCUUUUGUGGGCCUCCCGAGUGACACAGUAGUGCUACCUGUGCCACUAGAGAUUCUGGGUUCGAGUCCAGUUUCUUUCGCAGUCGGCCACAACCCGAGAGACCCAUGGGGCGGCGCACAAUUGGCAGGGAUGUCCUUGUCCCACCGCGCACCAGUGACUCCUGUGGCAGGACGGGCGCAGUGCACACGGAGAAGGUCCCCAGGUGUACAGUGUUUCCUCUGACACAUUGAUGUGGCCGGCUUCCGGGUUAAGUGGGCAUUAUUGUGUCAAGAAACAGUGCAGUUUGGUCGUGUUUCAGAGGACGCACUGUUCUCGACCUUCGCCUCUCCUGAGUCCGUACGGGAGUUACAGCGAUGGGACAAGACUAAACUACCAAUUGGGAAAAUAUAUUUUUUUCCCCCUUCUUUAAAAACAACAAAAAAAUGCUAUUUGCAACACAUUAGAUCAUUUUGAUUUCCUACUGAAUUUGAAAUAAUAUUUGCCCCUACAGUGGGGCAAAAAAAUAUUUAGUCAGCCACCAAUUGUGAAAGUUCUCCCACUUAAAAAGAUGAGAGGCCUGUAAUUUCCAUCAUAGGUACACCUCAACGAUGACACAAAAGGAGAAAAAAAAUCCAGAAAAAUCACAUUGUAGGAUUUUUUAUGAAUUUAUUUGCAAAUUAUGGUGGAAAAUAAGUAUUUGGUCACCUACAAACAAGCAAGAUUUCUGCCUCUCACAGACCUGUAACUUCUUCUUUAAGAGGUUCCUCUGUCCUCCACUCGUUACCUGUAUUAAUGGCACCUGUUUGAACUUGUUAUCAGUAUAAAAGACACCUGUCAACAAACUCAAACUCCACUAUGGCCAAGACCAAAGAGCUGUCAAAAGACACCAGAAACAAAAUUGUAGACCUGCACCAGGCUGGGAAGACUGAAUCUGCAAUAGGUAAGCAGCUUGGUUUGAAGAAAUCAACUGCGGGAGCAAUUAUUAGGAAAUGGAAGACAUAAGACCACUGAUAAUCUCCCUCGAUCUGGGGCUCCACGCAAGAUCUCACCCCGUGGGGUCAAAAUGAUCACAAGACCGGUGAGCAAAAAAGUGAAUGACCUGCAGAGAGCUGGGACCAAAGUAACAAAGCCUACCAUCAGUAACACACUACGCCGCCAGAGACUCAAAUCCUGCAGUGCCAGACGUGUCCCCCUGCUUAAGCCAGUACAUGUCCAGGCCCGUCUGAAGUUUGCUAGAGAGUAUUUGGAUGAUCCAGAAGAAGAUUGGGAGAAUGUCAUAUGGUCAGAUGAAACCAAAAUAUAACUUUUUGGUAAAAACUCAACCUGUCGUGUUUGGAGGAUAAAGAAUGCUGAGUUGCAUCCAAAGAACACCAUACCUGCUGUAAAGCAUGGGGGUGGAAACAUCAUGCUUUGGGGCUGUUUUUCUGCAAAGGGACCAGGACGACUGAUCCGUGUAAAGGAAAGAAUGAAUGGGGCCAUGUAUCGUAAGAUUUGAGUGAAAACCUUCCAUCAGCAAGGGCAUUGAAGAUGAAACGUGGCUGGGUCUUUCAGCAUGACAAUGAUCCCAAACACACCACCCGGGCAACGAAGGAGUGGCUUCGUAAGAAGCAUUUCAAGGUCCUGGAGUGGCCUAACCAGUCUCCAGAUCUCAACCCCAUAGAAAAUCUUUGGAGGGAGUUGAAAGUCCGUGUUGCCCAGCAACAGCCCCAAAACAUCACUGCUCUAGAGAUUAGCAUGGAGGAAUGAGCCAAAAUACCAGCAACAGUGUGUGAAAACCUUGUGAAGACUUACAGAAAACGUUUGACCUCUGUCAUUGCCAACAAAGGGUAUAUAACAAAGUAUUGAGAAACUUUUGUUAUUGACCAAAUACUUCUUUUCCACUAUCAUUUGCAAAUAAAUUCAUAAAAAAUCCUACAAUGUGAUUUUCUGUAUUUUUUUUCUCAUUUUGUCUGUCAUAUUUUAAGUGUAACUAUGAUGAAAAUUACAGGCCUCAUCUUUUUAAGUGGGAGAACUUGCACAAUUAGUGGCUGACUAAAUACUUUUUUGCCCCACUGUAUAUAGUUCCAACUUCUGAGAAGGGGAACCAAUCGUGAAACAGCAAGGCACAGCUAUUUAAAUCAUUUGAAGACGGCCCUAAACAAGCUACUUUAUGCAGUUGCAUCAAACAAUGUUAUCCAUUUUUAUCAAGGAAUUGCAUUAUUUUACUACUACAGAUGUACGAUAGCUAUAGAGGUAGUACAUUAUCGUCCCUGAUAGAUAUUUGCAGGUGAAAUUGUUGCAUAUAAAAAGCACCUUUGGUAAAGGAUUCUCUUGUUGAAGCUGUCUGGGCUGUGUGUGUAUGCGGUGAUAUCAGGGUAAAAAGCACUUAUGCAUAGACUCAUGUCUAGGUUCUGAGAUGAUGAUUAUUGUGUAUUGUACUCGUUUAAGAUAUAAAUAAAAACAUACAAAAUCC